CGGCAGCUGAACUCAGCAAGUGGGAAGAGGAGGAAGCCGCCCGCCAGCAGGAAAUACAACACCAGCUGGCAGAGGCAGAGGCAGCACGUCAGCAGGCCGCAGCAGAUGCUGCAGCAGCCGCACGGUUGCAACAGCAGCAGGUCGAGGCACCAAGCUCGUUACCAAGCCACGAUGGACCUUGCACACGACGAAGCCACAUAUAGCAGGUUACUUCGACGACAACAUUUCCAAGAAACCGAAGAACGAGAAGAGCCGACCGAGGAAGAAAGUAACAAGGAAGGUACAGCAGUACUGAUGGAGAAUCUGAUGUACACGUGCAAUUGGCAGCAACGUGAACUGCUGGCCAUGCGGCAGGUCUUCAUCCGCCAUGAAACAACAUUCAAGGCAUUGGACAAGAAGAUCGCGACCCUGCUGGCCGAGAUCAGCACACUACACGCCGUCAUCAGCCAGCAGCAGACACUCAAUGACCAGCUGCAGACCGAUGUCAGCAUGGGGUUGGCACAACCGUCAGCAGCUGCGUCAACGGGCAGUGCAGUGGUAGACUGCAGCCCAGCUUUGGCUGCGCAGGCCAAGCAACUCGAAGAGCGGAUCAACCGCGCGGUGGCAUCCCUCAACGACAUCAGCAAGUUUGCUGGAGCAUCGACAGUCAGCAAUCAGCUGCAGACGCUCAGCGACCGCGUUGAGCAACGACCAGCCGCUGCCGCCAAGGAAUGGAAGAUGCCGAACUUCAAGAUCGAGAAGUUCGAUGACUAUCACAAGACUGAUCCGCUGAAAUGGUGGAUGGCUUCCAACGCGGAGGCGGAUGUACAUCACACCCCCGCACAUCGGCGGCUUGACGCACUCUACCUCCAACUCAUCGGAGGGGUGCAGGCUUUUAUGACACACAUGGCCGUCACGUUGGAAUGCACCAUCGCCAACCUCCACACUAAGAUUACGUGGGAGGAAUUCGAGAAGAAAUGGAAGAUCCGGUUCAUGGUCAACAACGACAAACGGCACGCCAUGAACAAGAUCUUCUGCAUAUACCCAGGCCAGCAAACGUCAUGGGAAUGGCUGACGGAGUGGCAAAGACUCGUCGCCACCCCGGAGUUGAACUUACCGUUCGACUCAAUCCGGGCCGAGUUCUUCGCCCGGUCAUGCGACGCCUUGACAGCUGCUUUGGGCAGCGAAUUCCAGUAUGAGACCUUUGAUGACAUGAUAUCAAAGGCAAGGGAGCUCAUACAAGCAUGCGAGGCCGUGUCUUUCGACAUAUUGGACACCAAGUUCGAUAUGAUUUUAGGCAUGUCGUGGCUGCAAAGCGAAGACCAUCCAGUGAACUUCCAUCGACGCACCGUUCACGUUUGUGAUCAGCGUGGCGAACUAGUCCCGUGUACGGUGCCGCUUCCUCAUCCUUCGAUUGGUUGUCACGUGGUAUCCGCGGCGAGCAUUCGCCAAUCCAUCCGGCGGAACGACAUCGAGGAGAUGGGCAUAUGUUUUUUUCAUGCCCUCCCACCCGGUGAUCAGCCCAAGAUGGAUACGUCGGACCCACGCAUCAUUGAGUUGUUGGACAACUAUGAGGAUGUCUUCCAAGCUCCCGCCGGAGUCAUACCGGAUCGGCCCAUACGCCACGGGAUCACUCUUGAGGACGGCGCCGUACCUCCACGCGGAUGUAUCUACCGCAUGAGCGAAGAGGAACUUCAAGUGCUUCGGGCACAACUAGACGACCUCUUGGCCAAGGGCUGGAUUCGCCCUAGCUGUUUGCUGUACGGUGCUCCCGUUCUCUUCGUCUGGAAGAAGAACAAGGACCUUCGUUUGUGCACUGACUAUCGGAAACUUAACGCGCAAACGAUCAAGAAUGCCUGCCCUCUCCCUCGGGUCGAUGAUCUUCUCGAGCGACUAGGCGGCGCCAAGUACUUCUCAAAGCUUGACCUCAAGUCCGGAUGCCACCAGAUCGAGAUCCAGCCAAGAGAUCGGUACAAAACCACAUUCAAGACGCGGUAUGGGCUCUUUGAGUGGAUCGUCAUGCCUUUUCGUCUCACCAAUGCCCCGACUAAUUUCCAAGCGGCUAUGACGGCGGAAUUCCGCGACUUGCUCGACCGCACCGUACUCAUUUACCUUGAUGAUAUCUUGGUUUAUAGCCAGACGCUGGACGUGCACCUCGAGCAUCUUCGUGCCGUAUUGGAGCGGCUCCGUAUCGCCAAGUACAAGGCGAACCGCGACAAGUGCGAGUGUGCCCAGCAAGAGCUGGAGUACUUAGGCCAUUACGUUACGCCGCAAGGCAUUCGUCCGCUCGCGGACAAGGUACAAGCCUUUCAAGAUUGGUCGUACCUCAAGUGUACUACUGACAUCCGCUCCUUUCUCGCCUUAGCAUCAUACUACAUGCGCUUCGUCAAAGGAUUUCAACGCAUCGCUGCACCAUUGUCGCGACUUCAGUCCCCCUUGGUGCCCUUCGAGUUCAGCGACGAAGCCCGGCAUGUGUUUCACACGCUGAAGACGACUUUGCUUCAAGCUCCCGUCUUAAGCAUCUAUGACCCGACCUUGCCUACUAAAGUGACUACGGAUGCUUCCGGCUACGACAUUGGCGCGGUUUUGGAACAGCAUGAAGGCACAGACUGGCAUCCGGUUGAGUACUUCAGCCAAAAGUUGCCGCCCAUCAACAGUCUUGAUGAUGCGAGGAAGAAGGAACUGCUAGCUUUUGUCACCGUACUUGAGCGUUGGCGUCACUUUCUCCUCGGGCGUCGGCGAUUCACGUGGGCAACGGACAACAAUCCGUUGACGUAUUACAAGAUGCAAGACACGGUGAGCAGCACGAUCGGUCGAUGGAUGUACUUCAUUGACCAGUUCGACUUCACCUCCAAGCACAUUCCAGGCUCCUCGAACAAGGCAGCGGAUGCUCUCUCGCGAAGACCUGAUUUUUGUGCCUUGGUGCACUCGACAUUCGGCCUCGAUGAGAACCUGCAACAGCAUUUCAUAAACGGCUACAAGGCGGAUCCGGGAUUAUCCACACUCUAUUCGGACUUAUCAUCGGAUCACCCGCCGGCAAGCAACUAUCGCAUUGUCGACGGCUACUUGCUUCUUCAUAUACGAGGCAAGGACUUGUUGUGUGUUCCCCAAGACCGCAUCUUGCGCACUCGCCUCCUUGGCGAAUACCACGAUUCGUGGCUGGCGGGACACCUUAGCGUCGCACGCACACUAACACGACUCCGCCAGCGAUCUCACUGGUCGAACAUCAUCAGCGACAUCAACCGGUACAUUCAGUCAUGUGCAGUUUGCCACCGGAACAAAGGGCGCCAUCAGGUCCCGUACGACGAACUGAAACCAUUGCCGAUUCCUCGGGAACCGGGUCUCUCCAUUGCUAUGGAUGUGACCGGCCCUUUCCCUCGCGAUCGCCUUGGCCAUGACGGUAUUCUCACGGUCGUUGACCAUUUGAGCAAGUACGCUCGAUUUCUUCCAUGCAAGCAUCAUGCGACGGCUCCUGAGCUCGCACGACUUUUGCAUACCGGCUGGUUUUGUAGCCACGGUGUUCCGGAAGACAUCGUCAGCGACCACGACACUUGUGUCAUGUCGGCCUUUUGGACGACACUCAUGGUGGAAUUCGGCACCAGCAUGAAACCAAGUUUCGCACGGCAUCCUCAAACGGAUGGGCAAACGGAACGUGCGCACCAGACUGCGCAGAUGAUGCUCCGCACACUCAUCCGCCCGGAUCAGAAGGAUUGGGUUGACCGCCUUCCCGACAUCGAGUUCGCCUACAACACUUUGGUGCACCUGGCGAUUGGCGUGACUCCAUUCAAGUUGCACCACGGUGGACGGAAAGGACGUAUCUUCGCAGACAUUUUGCUUCCACGGCCUGCCGAUAUCGACGCCGCUUGCUCCCCCGCUUCUACACGGAAGUAUAGGGAACUGCUGGCCAAAGCCCGCGCAAACAUGCAAAAGGCUCAGGUCCGUAUGCAGCAGCAAGCGAACCGGCGUCGCAUCCCAUGUCCAAUACGCGUUGGCGACCUAGUUUGGGUCACCUCCGAGGAAUUCGCGCUCGAGCAGCACGUCUCGCGCAAGCUCCUCCCUAAGUGGUUUGGACCAUGGAAGGGCACUUCAGCAGCUGGCGACGACCCCGCGGGUCCAUCUUUCAUCAUUGAGAUUCCCCCGCAUUUGACGGUCCACCCGAUAUUUCACGCUUCAAAGCUGGCGGUCUACACUCCAGCCUCCGCAGCGGAUUCCCGGGCAGACGAUCACAGGACCCUCCUGCUAUGGAUGAUCAUCAGGAGGUCGACCGCGUUCUCACGCAUUGCAAACAUGGCAACAAGCCUAUGCAGUACAAAGUUACAUUUAAGCAAUGGGAUCCGGACGACACACGCUGGAUUUCAAGAGCUGACCUGAAGGCGACAACACCCCUCAUCUUCGCGCAUUACGAAAAACAGCGACUUGCUAAGGAAGCUGCCCAACCUGC